UUUAAAUGUCAGUGUCAAAUCUGACACUGACAGUUAUCACGUGGUGGUGGUGCAUAACCACAAAAUUGUGCGAUUUUCAAAUUGGAACUCCAACUAAUUGAACUGGAAUUGGCGAUGUCCGAUAGCGAGGAUUUGCCGCAACUCUCUGCGGAGACGUUCGCAGCUCUCCAGCAGUUUUAUCAGGAGCAGGAGGAAAAGGAAAUCAUCAUGAGCAAACUGAACUCUGAUCAGCCUGAAGUGCAGCAUUUUGAUGAAGAUUGGCAAUUGAGUCAAUUUUGGUAUGACAGUGCUACUGUAGAUACCCUGGUCAAGUUGGCUCUGAAGACAGUUGGACAAAAAGCCAGGAUAGCCUUGAUUUCAUGCCCAACGCUGUACAAGAAGAUGAAACAGGAGGCUUCAGCAGACUGCGAAAUUCACGUGUACGAAUACGAUCGGCGAUUCGCUUCAUUCGGGUCCGACUUUAUUUUGUACGAUUACAAAAACCCGCUGAACAUCCCCAGAGAUAAAGCGAACUACUACGAUUUGGUGAUAGCCGAUCCGCCGUUCCUCUCCGACGAAUGCCUGACGAAGACUUCGGUGACUAUGAAGUACAUAUCAAAGGAGAAACUGAUAUUAUGUACUGGUGCUGUUAUGGCAUGUACUGCUAAAAGAUUAUUGGAUUUGAACAAAUCGGAGAAGUUCGAACCGCACCACACGAACAAUUUGGGAAACGAAUUCUGGUGCUACUCGAAUUACGACAUCGACGCGUUGCUGUGAUAAGAAAUAUAUAAUAUUAUUUCGUUCCUACCGAC